CAGCCACUCUGAUCAGUUUACCUCCUGUCAUGGUGUCGACAGUACCUUCUUUGCUUGCCACAUCUCUUCUUCUUGUCGUCGCCUUGAUGGCGGCGGCCUUGGAGUGCCCUUGCUCGUGGCGGGAUGACAACAACUCGUGGGACUGCGUGAAGGACGGCGUGGCCUCGGUGCCGACGACGUGCUGGCCCCUGCACGCCAACGUCGACAAGAUCCUCCUCCGGAACCCCAUAAGAGAGGUCUACAGCGGCGACUUCGACCACGAGAACCUGCGCAAUCUGACCAAACUUCAGAUGCAGAACGUCGACAAGAUCGCUGACGAUGCCCUCCGCGGCCUCACGGCCCUCCGGUACCUCGAUCUCAGUGGAGGCAAUCUGCAGCACCUGCCGGACCUGAGCACCCUGGCAGAAGUGGUGGCGCUGGAGGCCGGCGGGAACCUCCUGGUGGAGGCUCCGAGUCUCGCCCACAUGAAGAACCUCGACUUGGUCAGUCUCUUCAACAACAGGAUCCAGUUUGUCCCCGACGACUUCCUGCCGGCGUCCCCGUACCCCAUCGGCAUGACCAUGAUACGGAACAACUUCACGGAGCUCAACGCGGCCAGCAUCGUCAACGCCGCCGCCAAGAGCAGCUUUGUCUUCGACGACCUGCAGUAUAUGUGGGCGACGCUGGAGGAGCGGGACGCCAUCCUCGAGAAGGAAUUCUACUGCAACAUUGACCUAGAGAGUAUCAUCAAGGUGAUCGAUGACCCCACAAACCCUAAAUAGGCCUACGGAAAUGGUUUUAAGGCUGAGAAUUGACAAAUAAACACUACCAACUCAUUUGCGCGAGUUUGGCAAUGUUGCAUCUCUCCUCCUCAAAUUAAUGAACGAAUAAAGAUGAAAAAAGUUGCAGA